CUAUCAGCUGAUCGUGCGCAGUCCGCCAUGGUAACGCGUCCGCAGCGCAUGCGCGCGGCGCCGGCUCGCGAUUACUCGCUGUCGCGCGAACUUGCGAACGUAUUUUCCGCACGUGGACGGAUGACUUAAUUAAGAUGCCGUGUAGUUUUAGGAAAUUCAUGCGCAUUAUAAAGCUGUUGUUGGCUGGAGGAACGUUGUUCUUUAUUAGCUGGGUAGUGAGUGUGAACGAAUGGCACGGCGGGGUUCGCUGGGAGGGCCCACGGGCCCAGGGGCCCACCAUGAGGACCAUAGUGGCCUACUCGGAGGGCAAACAGGCGGAGAUGGACCGACCCUCGCCCGUCACCUGCGAUCGGCUGCCGGCUUUCCCGAAGAUACCGCAUAUAAAUCGCAGUUGGUUCCCCGACGCGGCCGAGCGUGGCUGGCAGCAGCUGGCGGGCACCACGGUGUCGCUGUACGCUGCGUACUACGACCAGCGCCAGCCGCAGCGCUUCGUUCGCAUCCUGGCCAAAUUCCAAGGUCGCAACAUCUCAAUAGAAGAACCACUAUUUUGCCAAACACGCCCGCUUAAUACAUAUGAAGAUUCUGUGGAGGUCGUGGCAGCGAAACCUUUGGAGAUUUGGUGGCAUGAAUGGGACGUCUCAUUGUCCAAAGUCGAGACACCACUUCUGCUCUCCUGCCCAUUGACGGAACCUCUCAAUGGACCUGCUAUCGUCUCAAUAGUCACUGAGCCAUGCAACAAUCCCACCAACGCAUUUAUUUUAGAAUCUAAUGAAAACACAUUUAAAAAUAAAAAAUCUUUUACAAUAUGUGUCAAAGAUAUGAAUUUCGAUAAUGAUGUUUCACAAAACUUAGUAGAAUGGAUUGAAACAAAUAAGUUACUAGGUGUAGAUAUUAUAGACAUGUACAUCGAUAAGGUGGAAAAAGAAACGGAAAGAAUCCUUUUGCAUUAUCGAGAAAAAGGAUACGUUAGAUUAUUUCAAGUUCCUAUUAAGAAUAAGCCAGAAAGAUCUCUUUGGCAAAGACGAAGAGAUCACAUAUUAACUUACAAUGAUUGCUUAUAUAGAAACAUACAAGAUUCUGAAUUUAUAAUACCGUUAGAUGUAGAUGAGAUAAUAUUACCCAAGAUAGCGAAAAGUUUGCCAGAGCUGAUAAAGCGACUGUUUAAUAAAGGAUGGGAUCCCACGAAAAAUUCCGCAAUUUUAAUACAAAAUGUAUUUUUCUUUGGUUUCAUGCAAAGAGUAGAUAAAUACGAAAAUAGAAAAAUGCGCAGUAAAAAUAAAGUCUACGUGAAACGAGAUGACGUUCGAAUAAAAAAGGAUGAAAAUUUAGAUGUAAGUGAAAUAGAACUGAUACAUGAAUCAAGUAGCAUAAGUAAUGAAGUCAUAGAUAUUAGAGAUUUAGACGAAGAUUUGUACGACAAAUAUAGAUCAAGAUGUGGAAGAGAUCUGGUCAUACCUAAACUAGUUAACAAUAUUGUGAGCUCGGCCUUGGUGAGUCCGGUGGGGUACUACAGCAAGAGCCUCAUGCUGACCAGGAAGGUACUGACGGCAUUCAAUCACUACCCUCUGGUCAGUCUGGGCGCGUCUGGUUUCGCCGGUUGGUCGGCGCCCUACAACGAAGUGCAGCUCAACCAUUACAAGGAAUCGUGCAACACGACGGUGGUGGCGGAGUGCGAGCGGUACGGGCGACGCGCGCGCAUCGACCGCGCCGCGCUGCGCCUGCGCCGCCGCCUCACGCGCGCCCUCGCCGACGCCAUUUGCACAGGAAUAAACAUUACCUGA